UAGUUUCCGCUCAGAGAAGAAUCUGGUCCCGGGGCAGGAACGGGUAUUCCCCCCGUCAUUCAGGAAACUCCCAGCCCUCGGAAAGAUUAGAUCCCGGCACCAAGAACCGGCCUCCUGCCAAAAGACAAGCCGAGAGCCCAGCUGCCGCAAGAGGUCUCGACUGUGGAGAAAGGAGCGCCGGCGGGAGAAGCUCGCUCCGCAAACUUUUUCUCCGCCCCCAGAGGCCUCCGAUUGGCCCCGGGGUUGGCUUGGAACGCCAGGACGUAUCGCGUCACUUCCUCUCGGGGCCGCCAUCUUGUUCCCAGGGGCAGUUGGCGGAAGAGAUCGUGCUCCCCGGUCGUCUGCUAGCCGUGUUCCGGGAGUUGCUCUGGCCCGCGUCCCAGUUCCCAGCUUCGGCGUGGGGUUCCCUCCUCCAAUUCCCCCUCACUCCGUCUUGGCCGGGGCGGAGCAGCGAGGGGGCCCCCCGCUCCUACCGUCGGCGUUCCAUGGAGUAGGAUCCCGGACGGUUGUGCCGAGAAGCGAGAGCGAGAGGCCGAGCUUCGCCGCGCCCCCACCUCCUCCUCCCCCUCCCUUCCUGCUGCUCCUUCCUGCCCUCCCCCCCGCCUUCCGCUGCAACAUGGCGAACAACAGCCCGGCGCUGACAGGCAGCAACUCGCAGCCGCCGCCGCAGCACCAGGCGGCCGCCGCCGCGGCCCAGCAGCAGCAGCAACAGUGCGGCGGCGGCGGUGGCGGCGCCAUUAAGCCGGCCGCCUCGGGCAAGCAGGGUAACGUGCUGCCGCUGUGGGGCAACGAGAAGACCAUGAACCUGAACCCCAUGAUCCUAACCAACAUCCUGUCGUCGCCCUACUUCAAGGUGCAGCUCUACGAGCUCAAGACCUACCACGAGGUGGUGGACGAGAUUUACUUCAAGGUCACACAUGUUGAGCCGUGGGAAAAAGGAAGCAGAAAAACAGCAGGCCAAACAGGGAUGUGCGGAGGGGUUCGAGGUGUUGGAACAGGAGGAAUUGUUUCUACAGCUUUUUGCCUGUUAUACAAGUUAUUUACUUUGAAACUCACUCGCAAGCAAGUGAUGGGUCUCAUAACACAUACAGAUUCUCCAUAUAUUAGGGCCCUUGGAUUUAUGUAUAUAAGGUACACACAGCCACCAACAGAUCUCUGGGAUUGGUUUGAAUCCUUCCUUGAUGAUGAAGAGGAUCUGGAUGUGAAGGCUGGUGGAGGCUGUGUAAUGACCAUUGGGGAAAUGCUUCGUUCUUUUCUUACCAAAUUAGAGUGGUUUUCUACCUUAUUUCCAAGAAUUCCUGUUCCAGUUCAGAAAAAUAUUGAUCAACAAAUUAAAACAAGACCUAGAAAAAUCAAGAAGGAUGGGAAGGAAGGAAUUGAAGAAAUAGACCGACAUACUGAACGUAGACGUUCAAGAUCACCAAGAAGGUCACUGAGUCCAAGAAGAUCUCCAAGAAGAUCUAGAAGUAGAAGCCAUCAUCGAGAAGGUCAUGGUUCUUCUAGUUUUGACAGAGAAUUAGAAAGAGAGAAGGAACGACAGCGAUUGGAACGUGAGGCCAAGGAGAGGGAAAAAGAAAGACGAAGGUCCCGAAGCAUUGAUCGCGGGUUAGAGCGCAGACGGAGCAGGAGCAGGGAGAGGCAUAGAAGUCGCAGUCGGAGCCGUGACAGAAAGGGAGAUAGGAGGGACAGAGAUCGUGAAAAAGAGAAUGAGAGAGGCCGAAGAAGAGACCGUGAUUAUGACAAAGAAAGAGGCAAUGAAAGAGAAAAAGAGAGGGAAAGGUCAAGGGAACGAAGAAGUAGGAGUGAGGUAGAAGAAAAGAAGCAUAAAGAGGACAAAGAUGAAAAGAAGCAUAGGGAUGACAAAAAAGAUUCCAAAAAGGAGAAAAAACAUAGUAGAAGUAGAAGCAGGGAAAGAAAACAUCGAAGUAGAAGCCGGAGUAGAAAUACAGGAAAACGCAGUCGAAGCCGGAGCAAAGAAAAGUCAAGUAAACAUAAAAAUGAGAGUAAAGAAAAAUCAAAUAAACGAAGCAGAAGUGGCAGUCGAGGAAGAACUGGCAGUGUUGAGAAGUCAAGAAAACGGGAACACAGUCCCAGCAAAGAAAAAUCCCGAAAACGGAGCAGAAGCAAAGAGCGAUCUCACAAACGAGAGCACAGUGAUGGCAAGGACCAGUCUGAUAAACAGGAUCGCCGGAGGAGCCAGAGUACAGAGCGUGAGAGCCAAGAAAAGCAGCAUAAAAACAAAGAUGAGACUGUGUGAAGUUUUUUGUUCUUUCUUUUCUUUUUCUUUUUCUUUUUCUUUUUCUUUUUCUUUUUCUUUUUCUUUUUUUUUUGGUUUAUUUUGUAAAAGUGGAUCACAUUGAAUCCUAUAAAUGUUUGAUUAAAUCCUGCUUAUUUUUCUUCCUUAAAGUUGAGAUUGUGCAGUAGUUACGCACUUUUCAACCUCCCUAUAUAUAGGCUGCAGAUUUUCAUUUCCCAUUUUGUGUAGGGAAGUGCCUUUGUAAUCCCAUUUAUUGCAUUGACUUUCCAUCCGUUUGUUGAGUUUAAUUCAUGAUGCAACGAUUGUUCUUGCAUUUUUAUUGUUUGGUUGUUUCUGAAAUGUACAGUCUGUACAUAUGUCCUGAAAAUGUUUUAAUUCCUUUGGCAUGGUUGCCAUGUUGGUUAAAUUUGUAUAAGGCAAUAAACUGCCACUAAUUCUACU